AUGAAACGAGCUGCUGCUAAAGAUGAGAUUGGCGGGGAUGGUGUAUGGUUUCAGAAUACCAUGGAAACUUCAGCCGACACGUCAUCCAAAGAAGCUUUGAGGGAGCUGUUACGUGACUGGCAAUUGGGGACGGAUACCAACGACGACGAUCAGCUGCUGGUCUUUUUGUUUCUCUCGCAUCAUUGGGAGUUGCAAGAUGUGACAUCCAAUGCGAUGGAUCUACUCGAGGAAAUGAGUAUGGGUGGCGACGAAAAAUCAUCCAAAAAGGAUAACAUUCAUCUAAUCACAGUGAUUGGAGGAGGAGUUAUUGGCCAGAAUCAAGAAUACGAAGAGGAAGCUAGUCACCCUGUCUAUGGAAGAAAAGCCAUCAAGAAGCAAAUGUCAAUUCUUGGAGGAUAUUGCAAGAAAGAUGAAAUUAAUAAUCCGAAAUCAUCAGAAUCAUCGUCGUUGCAAGUAUUUUCCAUGUCCAACAAUGAUGCCACUGUCAAGAGGACCAUGACCACGACAAAUCAGGGAACGAAUCCACAGCAGCCACAACCAUUUCGAUCCGAUUCCUCUCUCUUUGUCUUUAGCGAUCCUUACUGCCGCCAAAUCCAAAAUUUGUUUGGCGAAUUGCACUCGCUCAAUUGUCAAGUAGCCGGAGGCAUUUCAGUGCCCCACCAGUCGGCCCUGUACGAUCCAACCCUGGCCAUAAAUCGCGAGAUCUUGCCAAAGGGAAGUUUGGUCGGAGUCCAAUUGCCGUCCAACUAUCAGUUGCAAUGUGUGGUAUCCCAGGGUGGAUGUCGACCAGUCGGACCUACCUAUCGAGUGACCAGUGUGGAUGGACCGGCCAUUCAUGAAUUGGAUCAAGUCAAGGCACUGGAACAAUUAGAUCGUUUGUGUUCUAAUGAAAAUCAAAGUAGUGAUGAGGACGAUGGUGAUGAUACUGAUUUUGAAACAACUGUCACCAUAUUGUCCCCGAAAGACCAAGAACUUAUUCGACAAGGAGGUGUACUUGCUGGUGUCUUUUUGGAGGCAUCGUCGUGUUCUGGGGUUGACGAUCAACUCAAUGACGAUGAAUCUCCAUCACUACAACCGUCGGCCUCCAUAGAAUCAUCAUCAUCAUCAGCAGCACAGGAUUCUACUGAAGCUGAAGGCCUUGUGGAGGGCGAAUACAUGGUGAGGGAGGUGACAGGAUUCCGACCACGUUCCGGGUCUAUUCUUGUGUGUGGGCAACCUCAAGUUCAAUUAGGUGAUCUCUUUCGAUUCCAUGUUCGAUCAUCUCAAGAAGCCCUAGACGAUUGGAAGCUCUUGUUGAAGCAGACAAAAAUGGAGCAACUUUUUCUGAGUUCCAAAGCCGAUGAAGUUUCGUUGGAUGCUACUGAGUCUUCUGCUGCUGCUGGCGGAGAUGGAAAUCUAUCAUCAUCAUCAUCAUCAUCACCAUCAUCCACAACGACCACUAGUCGAAUCGUAUGUGGGAUGCAAAUAUCCAGUUUGGCACGAGGAAAAGACUUUUUUGAAACUCCCAAUGUAGAUUUGGACCAUGCCAAAAUGCUGCUCGAGUCCAAGAAAAACAGAGACAAUUUCAACGAUUCAGCAACACCACCAAUUGGUGGAUUCUUUUCCAAUGCGGAAAUUGGUCCAGUCGGCAUACGAAUGGGGGCGCAAGGCGACAGUUCCCAACCGUAUUUGCAUGGAUUUGCCACAGUCGUUGCCAUGCUGUGUGAAAUAACAACAAUUCCCAUUGACGACAGCAGUCAAGGCAGCAAUGGCUCGGAAGAUAGUGAUUUCCAAGCAACCAUUUCAAGCUCACAGUCUUCGUGGGCUUGA